UGCUGAGGGCACACGAUGGCGGGUGGUAGCAAUCCAGCAGCCAAGAGGGUGGUGAUAUACCGGAACGGGGACCCCUUCUCCCCAGGUCGCCAGCUGGUGGUGAGCCAACGCCGCUUCCCCACCCUGGAGACCUUCCUCCGCGAGGUGACCUCGACUGUGCAGGCCCCGGUGGCUGUGCGGGCCCUCUAUACGCCUCAGGGUGGCCACCCUGUCACAGACCUGGCCGACCUGCAGAAUGGAGGGCAGUAUGUGGCUGCCGGCUUCGAAAGAUUCCGCAAGCUAAGCUAUUUACCCCCCGGACAGAAGGAUCCAGGUGGGAAGAGCAGCAGACUACCAGGUCCUCCUGUGACUCACUACCCAGGGGACGGGACCCUUGGACCGCGACCACUUGCACGUCCCCCCUGCUAUAUUCGUGUGUUCAGGAACGGGGACCUGGUAAGUCCCCCAUUUAGCCUGAAGUUGCCCCAGGCUGCUGGCGAGGACUGGGAAGCCGUGUUGAAGCUCCUGACUGAGAAGGCCAAGCUUCAGGCGGGGGCUGUGUGCAAACUCUGCACCCUGGAGGGGCUCCCACUGUCAGCAAGAGAUGCUCUGAUGCAUGGCCAUUAUUAUGUGGCGGUCGGAGAGGAGGAGUUCAAGGCCCUCCCCUAUCUGGAGCUGCUGGUGCCCAGCCCCUCUCUGCCCAGAGGCUGCUGGCAACCCCCAGACCCAAAGUCUAAGCCCCACAAGCCACAGGCCCAGGGCCACAGGGCGCAGGUGCCCCAGCCCUCUCCAAAGGAGCCAAGCCCCACUGAGCCAUGUGCCUUCUAUGCCAGACCCCAGCAGGCCAUUCAGCCAAGCAGCAGGCUCCCCACGCUCUUGUUUCCAUCAGGAGUCAAGGGAGUGUAUGAGGCUCCCCACCCGAGGAAGGAGACCGCAGGGGCCCAGGAAGUGGCAGAUGAUGAAGACACCUGCACGGAGGAACCCUUGGAUCAGAGGACAGCACAGAUGGUGGACGAGGCCCUGGGCCUGGAAAAGCAGCCUGGGGCUGGGGCAGCAGUCUCAGCCUCAACCCUGUCUCUGCCAUCCUGGGAGUCAGCAGCUCCGGCCAGGAACUGGGGCGGCCACUCUGCGGCCUGUUCCAGGGGACCCAGCACCACCCCUGGGCUCACAGGAUACCCAGCAGCCCCUUCGGCCCCACCCCACUCUUCUGCUCCUAAACCUACAGCCCGGUCUUCUCUUCCUUCUGAGCUGGGCAGCCCUAGCCGUGGAGGCCUUGUUCCCAUGGGUUUCUCCAGCCAGAGACAGGAGGAGCGCGCCGAGCUUGGGGGAGAGGCUACAACCAUGGGAGCAGGCGUGCUGCGAUAGAAGAGUACUCGCUG